AUGGCCCACGAAACGCCAUGGUUGUGGGACGCAGACGGCAACGUUGACGACUUCUCAGACGACGACGAUGGUCUCCACCUGGACCUGAACACUGAUCUUAUCGGCGUCAAACGUACUACAAAGGAUCUCAACAUCGUGAACGCUUACAGACCGAAGUGGACAUGCGUUGAAGCCUUCCGCGAGUCCUACCAAAAUUGGAGGGACGGCAUUCUGAGAUCCUUCGACCUUGACCAGUCCCGAUUCCAACCUACGUACACCGAGAAAGGACAAGAAAUCCUCAUCGAGGCGCGCCACCCAGAUAACGAUAAUCUCCUUGGCUACAUUCACUUCAAAGGUGACAAGGAUGGUAACUGUGUGGGAGGUCUGAAGGUGGUCAACUUCGAAGCCACCCUCAGAUUUUCUGAUUUAGGCACGGGAUCGACUUCCAAAGCUCGCGACCCUAGACAGACCGGACAACAUGGCGAUGGCAUGAAAAUUUCCUCUCUCGUCUACCGACGCAAUGGUUAUAAUCUUCGCUACGAAAGCGGUGGGUUUGCCUGGAGAUACAUCUACAAGAAAGGUGGCUUAGCCUGCUCUCUUAGUCGGAUUAACGAGAAGAACCUAAAGAAGAUCAAGGAGAAGGAUAAAGGCAAACCCAGGACUCACAGGCACCACGCCUGGGAGGAUGUUUGCUUGGUGAUUGCCGACACGGGGAAAACUAAGGACAUUCGUGGAUGGGAGGUACAGGGCAAGCAGCUCAACGUCGUCGACUUCAAGAAAUGGAUCAUCGUCACCCUCGAUAUCAAUCCGCCAAGGGAUAUCAUUCGAACGAUACACGGGGAUCUCAUCCGUGAUCCCAGCUACCAGGCGCGUAUGUACCUACGUGGUCUUUCAUUGCCGCGCGGAGGAAAGCAGGGAGACCAGUACGCGUAUGGUUACAACUUCAAUGUCGGAAAUACCAGUGCCGACCGCGAUGCGCUUUCUGGCUCAGCAGAAGAGAGCGAUGGUAUCACCGCCAUUUGGUCAGCUGCAAUACGCGCAGAUGGGUCGACCGAUUCAGAUCUACUGUCAGACUAUACCAAGCUGCUUCUGAGUUCGAUCAGUAAGAAGGGCGAUGUCAUGAUGUUCACCAACGACGAUGGUUCUGAGUCUAUGCCUCGAGAUAUCGCCAAGAAGGUCUGGGAGAAGAUGUUGACGCUCAACACGGACGCCGAGGGUCAGGCCGCCUUCUACUAUUCAGCUAGCGAAGGCAACAAUGUAAGCGAACAAGCUCUGUUGAAAGAGACUCUACUAACUGUAGCUUUCCAGGAAGUUCACGUCAUCGGCAAGAACUUGCGCAGAAUUCCUACUCCAAUCCACCCCGACUUGUGGAGGAUCUUGAGGAAGUAUUCUCUUUGCAGAACGCCACGCGAAGAGCUACUCCAUCGCUUUGAGUUUGCGGAGGUCGUGAGUUCUGGACCGGACACUAUUUUUGCGACAAGCAUGCGCACAAUGCUUCAAUGCUUGCUACUCUCUUCUCCAGCCACCCAAGAGAUGGAGCUUACCUUCGUGAACGGCGAGCAUUUGAAUAUCGACGCUGGAUUCUUCGCAGGUACCUGGAAAGUUCAUAGCAAGUGGCUUACAUGGGAAGGCGCACAUGAACAAGCAUUCUGCGAAGAGGACGAACUGGGGACCUUUUCUUGCGAUCAUGCAGUCCUGCAGCUAUGGGACAUCAUGAUCUCUCAGCUUAUCGCAACCGGUGGACAUCCUCGCAUAGCUACUGAAGAACGUUGGCUGAAGAGUAUGGCAAGGAUUCGCUUGUCGCAGAUGCCUAGGUCAGUCGAGUGCCGUCAGACACAGAACAAAGGCGAGCUUGUGGUCACGUGGGAGUCCACAGACUCACACAGGCAUAAACACAAGACGGUUAGGGUCAUUCUACACUGGGGCGGCUGUGAUCUCGUAGGGACAUUGGAUGAGAACUGUCUGAACCAUGACGAUCAGGGUUGUUCCUGCCCAAGUCAGAUAUCCCAGGCUGUCAGCGACGGUGUUACCUUCCCUGGUUUGGAUACUUAUGAAUUGUAUUACCCUCUCGUAUCCCGAGACGCUGAGGGUGCGUUUCUUGCUGGACCUCAAAGCUCGGUAGCGCCUCGCGAGCAUAACGUUGCUGUUCCACGUACUCCCAAAGCCAAUACAACACCUAUGCUAAGUUCGGUCGAGUCUGGUCCACGCCCUACAACUGCAGACGCGAUCGAUCCGCGUAACAACGACCAAACUCCUUACGUCGACGAAGACGAUAAAAUGGAAGACAACGCCGAUCUCUACCGAUCUCCAAGUCGAAUAACGGUAGACUUGACAAAACGUUCGAAGAAUGACACCUACGUUCCCGGCACUAAAGUUGAGCACAAGUCGCUCGAUUGGGGUGGUAGCUUCCCUGGAAGCCACGACUUCUACCGAACCCGCGACGAGCCAGACCAAGAGAUAUACAUCCUCAAACCCAAGAUCAGCACGAUGAAAUCACGUAACAAGAGAAUGCUUUCUGGAGCCACCGAGCGCGGUGGUGCGAAGAGAUUGCGCACCAACAUCGUGACUAACCGGGAGGACUCGUCGGCAUCCAGCAAGAUUUCGGGUGGAGAACUUGAGGAUGAUACAGACACAGAUAGUCGACCCAGUCCCUUCCUGCGUCGUGGUGAGUCUGCUAUGACCCUGCGACCGGAGAGACGUAUGAAUUAUCGUGAGGGUCAUCCACGGCAGGGAAUGCGAUGGUGA